AUGGCUCCCAUCACGAAGCAGUAUGACUAUAUAGUAAUCGGAGGUGGAUCAGGUGGCAGCGGAGCUGCCCGAAGAGCCAGCGGAUGGUACGGCGCAAAGACAUGUAUCAUCGACGCCGGGGUAUCGGGAGGCUGCUGCGUGAACGUCGGAUGCGUGCCCAAGAAAAUGACGUGGAAUUUCGCCUCCAUAAGCGAGGCCAUCGCGGCGGGCAAACACUACGGGUACAAGUUCGGCGACGGCAACUCGUUCGACUUCAAGACCUUUGUCGACAAGCGCGACGCACGCAUAAAAGUCCUCAACGGCGCUUACGAGAACAACUGGGCAAAAGAAGGGAUCGAGCUGAUACACGGCACCGCGACGUUCAUCAGCGAGCAUGAGAUGGAAGUCAAGCCCAAGGACGGGUCAGAGGUGUUCAGAGUGACGGCGCCGCACAUUUGUGUCGCGACAGGCUCAUAUCCGACCAAGCCGGAGGGCAUCAAGGGCUCCGAAUACGGCAUCACGUCGGACGAGUACUUUGCCAUCAAGUACCUGCCCAAGAAGAUGAUCUUCGUGGGCGCGGGCUACAUCGCGGUCGAGCUCGCGGGCGUGAUGAACGCAAUCGGUGUUGAGACACACCUCUUCAUCCGCGGCGACACGUUCCUGCGGAAAUUCGACCCCAUGAUUCAGGAGACGCUGACCAAACACUACGAGGAGAUUGGCGUCCACGUGCACCGCAACCACCCCGGCAUCAAGGAAGUCAUCCAGUUACACGGCGGAGACGAGGAACACUCGGACCCGCGCGAGAAGAAGCUGAAGGUGAUCAUGAACGACGGAUCAGAGAUGGAAACCAACGAACUAUUGUGGGCCAUCGGCCGCGGUCCCGAAGACCGGGGCCUGGGCCUGGAAAACAUCGACAUCAAGCGCAACCAGAAGGGACAUAUCGUGGUCGAUAAGUAUCAAAACAGCUCCGUCCCCGGCGUGUAUGCUAUUGGCGACAUCACAGGCCAGGCUGAACUCACGCCCGUGGCCAUCGCCGCCGGUCGCCAGCUGGGGAACCGCCUCUUUGGACCCCCAGAGUUCAAGGACGCGCAUCUCGACUACGACCGGAUCCCGUCGGUCGUAUUCUCGCACCCCGAGUGCGGCACGACGGGACUGACGGAACCGCAAGCGAUAGAAAAAUACGGCAAGGAGAACAUCAAGGUGUACCACACCAAGUUCUCCGCCAUGUUCUACGACGUAUAUCCGCCCGAAGAGAAGAAGAAAGAACCCACCGAGUUCAAGAUCGUGUGCCAGGGCCCGCGGGAAGAAAUCGUGGGGCUGCACAUUCUAGGCCGGGGCGUCGAUGAGAUGAUGCAGGGCUUCGGCGUCGCUGUCAAGAUGGGCGCCACGAAGAAGGAUUUUGAUAGCUGCGUGGCAAUUCAUCCGACAAGCGCCGAAGAGCUGGUCACCAUGAGAUAG